AUGUUGCGUCAGAUCGCCAGACCAGCCUCCAGAGCAUUCGCCAGAACCAGCACCCGCUUUUCCGUGCGGUUCAACUCAGCUGCCGCUGAAGCCACCAGUGCUCCAGUGGACCCCAAGAUCAGCCAGAUCGUUGAUCAAAUCUCUACUUUGACAUUGUUAGAGACAUCCUCUUUGGUUUCGGAAUUGAAGACCAGAUUGAACAUUUCUGACAUUGCUCUUCCAUCUGCCGGCACUGCUGCCCCUGCCCCUGCUGCCCCAGUUGAGGAGGAAGUCAAGGAGGUUGUGGAGGAGCAGACCAUCUUUUCCAUCAAGUUGGAGUCCUUCGACGCCAAGGCUAAGCCUAAAAUUAUCAAGGAGGUUAAGGGAUUGUUGGGCUUGUCGUUGGUGGAGUCUAAGAAAUUCGUGGAGGCUGCUCCAAAGGUGUUGAAAGAAAACGUCGCCAAGGAAGACGCCGACAAAAUCAAGGCAACCUUGGAAGGUUUGGGUGCCAAGGUUGUUUUGGAGUAA